AAAUAUAAACAUACAAACUUAUACCUGAGCUUUAUAUAUAAUGACAAGUUGAUAAGUACAUACGCGCAAAUAAUGUAAUUAGACCCACCCAGCCGUAGAAUAAAUAUCUAUAAUUAGACGUAGACCUAGUCUACUCCAUAACCUAGAGGAUAAAUUAAACUUGAGUAAACAAGAGAGAUGAAUCUGUGAAAUCCGGGUGCUGUUGAUAAAUAAUUACGUUACUGAAAAAUACUUUCAACACCUUGUAAUACAUUUGAAGCAUAAAAAAUAAUAAUAUAUAAUACAAUACAGUAUGAGCCGGAGAAACAAUCUUGAAUCGCAUGGUAUUUAUUAAUCCAGCGACGGCAAUCCCCUCUCCGGAUCAACAUGGCCCACAUUUACAUGCCUGUUAACUAAAUGCUAACAAACGCUGUCAGUUUGACAGCAACAACUAGACUGUUCACUCUAGCAUUUAGCCGAUGAUUUUUAUCGUCGAUCAAUAAACAAUUAUAAUUAUAAUUAUAGUCAACAAAUUAGUUAAUUAUGAAAACAAGUACAAUAUAUCAUUUGUGAGCGGUAUUAAAUUUCAUGAGUACAAAUUAAAUUAAAAACAGAAUAUUGAUUGAUGAAAUCAAUAUAGAUAAGCAAAUUUAAUCUUACAAGUAUUGCUCUUUUUUUUAAUUUUAUGUUUGUCUUGUCAUUUUUUUUUAUGUCUACUUGUCGUAAUUGUUAGUGUGUGGUCCGAACUCUGAUGAGUUACGAAUGAUUGAUAUUAAAUCAAAAGCGGCGCUAAAGUAUAUAAAAAAAUGUUAAUUGUAAUAGGUUCAACGGUCGCAUUAAUUGCAAGCCUGAUGGCUUUUUCAAAAUCAAGAAAUUAUUGGAGCACUUUUGCCCGCGGGAUUUUUAUGUUAACCAAGUACAAUCUUGUGGGAAUAAAAGAAAUUUUUCUUGACAUUAUUCAUGCCAAGUACAAUAAAACAGAUUUACCAAAAAAAAGCGACUGUGUCGCUAUUGUUACUGGAGGAUCCCGUGGAAUUGGCGUUGAAGUUGUCAAAAUGUUACUUCGAUGUGACAUGGAAGUUAUUAUAGCUUGCAGAAGAAAAGACGCUGGAGAGAAAACUGUUGAUAAAAUUCGUGCCUCUGGAGUCACUGAAGGAAAAGCUAAAGUUUACGUGCUUGAUAAUUCAAGCUUGGAGUCUGUAAAAAAAUUCGCGAAUGAUAUAAAGAAAGAUUAUGACAAAAUUCACGUACUGAUCAACAACGCUGGAGUAAUGUUCACACCUUACAAAGAAACAAAAGAUGGAUUUGAGCAACAGUGGGGCGUCAAUUAUUUGUCCCACUUUCUGCUAACGUCGUUGCUUAUGCCGUUACUUCGAAAUGCAGGGACCGAAGAAAAUUUUGCUCGAGUCAUUAAUAUUUCUUCUUGCGCUCACCAUUUGGGAACUAUUAAUUUCGAUGACAUAAAUUAUAAUAAACGAAAACCAUUUUUAACUUACUGUGCUUAUGGUCAAAGCAAGUUAGCCCAAGUAAUAUUCACUGAAACAUUAAGACAUAUUAUCAAUAAAAAUGAACUUUUUGUAAGAACUUACGCUGUUCAUCCAGGCAUGGUCAAUACAGAGUUAUUUGAAAACAGCUUCAUUCAUUAUUUUGGCUUUUUGAUGAAAAUAAUGUUCAAAUCUCCGGAACAAGGUGCCAUGACAAUAGUUUACGCAGCAGUAAGCAAAGCCAUCGAAGACACUGACGGCUUAUACUAUAGUAAUUGCCGUAAAGCUACUCCCAAUCAACUCGUAUAUGAUAAACCGACUCAAGAGAGAUUAUUUUUACUGAGUCUUGAACAAACAAAGCUAGAAAGUUUUCUACAAUACUGCUAAGUAAAGUUUUAAAUAAAUUAAUUAAAAAUAGUUUACUUAAAA